AUGGUGAAAGGAUACAAAUAUCAAGAUUGUGACAAUUGGAAGUUUGUACCAGAAUGCGGAUAUGGUUGUAACUGUAGGAACACAGCAGAACUCUGUGACAGGCGUACAGGUGCUUGUACAUCUGGUUGUGCAGAUGGUUGGAGGAAUCAGAAUAACGUGUGUCAAAGAGAAAGACCGCGCCUUACACGUGCACCCGUGGUGUCCUCGAGAACAGCUCAUUCUGUCACCCUAGCCUGGGACAGCUGGUCUCCGGACAGGUACCCGGGAGUAGGUAGUGUGAGCAGUUAUAACGUUAGUGCAUGGAAAGACAGUUACAUCGCAAGCAGCAACAAGACCACGUCUGUGUCCACAACGUCGCUGACCAUUGGCCACCUUGCCGAAUACACUGAUUAUAAUUUCACUGUGACUAUAGUGGAUGAGGAAGGAAAUAAUGGACAGCAAAGCCCGAGUGUUACGAGAAGAACAUGUGGAGAAUUAGUUCUGCCGCCCGCUGUUGACUCUGCUGUAACAGGCCAGAAGACCACUGCUCAGAUAAAGAUAACAACACAGGGAAUGACUGAAGCAGUUCACAGGUGUGAUGCAUUUUCGAAAUUGAAGCUGAGUUACGAAGGGGAGUAUGGGGAUAGUAACACCAUAGAAAUCACAGAUGUACCCGUAUCAAAAGAGCUUAUCUUAGGGAGUCUUAUUCCCUACAGUAAUUAUACAAUCAACAUAUCAGCGGUGAACAAUCUGAAUCUGGAAGGGCCAAUGCUUAAGGUUUAUAAGUUUACACCGGAAGGGAUCCCACCCAAAAUGGCACCACCUGUUGCUGUUAGUCGAAGUCACAAUACCAUAGAGUUGCGAUGGGAAGCACCACGACCUCCUGGAGGAAUCGUAACAGAGUAUAAAAUAUCUUACGGCAUGGGAGAGAAUAACUGGGGGAAUUCACUGAAACUGAACGCCAGCACUUAUUGGAAACCUGUAGGCAGUCUUACGUAUAACAGGACAUACUGGUUUCGGAUCCGUGCAGGAACCAAUAUCGGUAAUGGAGAGUAUAGUGACAGCGUGCAGGCUAGAACUGUAGAAGAAAAGCCAGGGCCUCCAACUAAUUUCACCAACACUAGCAGAUCAGAUACAUCUUUGGAGUUUUCGUGGAACGAGCCAUUUAUCAGGAAUGGGGAAAUAACGGGCUACAAGAUUGAAUGUUCUGUUGAUGGAAAGAAUAUAUUAGCAGAACUAGCCAUGUCAGCAAGAAAAGUCGUUGUGAGUAAGUUGAAGCCAGGUACGCGGUAUUUAUGUGGGUUAAUGGCCAAAACAUCGGCAGGUUAUGGGGAUUCAUCUCAAGUUAUCACAUGGACAAAGCCAUCAGUCCCAAAUGACAUAGAGGUGACUCCAGUCUCACAAAGCUUGUCGCAAAGAACAGCAUCGAGCAUUACCAUAAUGUUACCAAGCAAGCACUAUGGAGACUUGUACAAGUAUAGGAUUGUAGUGGAGAAAGAGAGUAAAGCGAAACGUCGCCGACGGGCUUUAGACCUUAACGACUCCAAGAUCCAGAGACUUGUCCCGUGUCAGUCUGUGACAGACACAGAUCAGUUGCUGUGUGUGGCGGCUGAACUGAGUGCUGAUGACCUUGGGAAGCCGUUUACUGUUGGAGAUAAUAAAACAUAUGGAGGAUAUUAUAACCGGCCGCUGGAGGAAGGGAAAUCAUACAACAUAUAUUUCGGCCCUGUACAAACAGUAGAUGGGAUUACGUCCCAAGCCUAUGUUUCCUUAGUAAGGGGUGUUAUACCACAGAUGGAUGUCAAAAUUCUAGGUCUAGAUGUCGGUGUCCUCGUCGGUGGAGUUGUUCCAGCCAUAUUGGCGGUGGCAGGUGUGGCCAUAGCAGUCUGGAUAUACAUGAGAAGGCGAAGGCGUGGACUGGAAGCUACACAUUCAAGUAGUGCAUCUGACAGAGAGAUGAAAUCGUUAAAAGUAGAGACACGCAAUGAAGAUUACGAAGUUCCAAAUUACCAUAUGCCGGAAAACCCGUAUAUGGAACUCAGUUGGGAACAUUUAGACGAUAAUAUGGAGCAGGUCACAGACAUCCCUGUUGAGGAUAUCUUCACUGUUAUGAAGAAGAAAAACAGGGAAGUGUUGAAAGCAGAGUAUGAGAAAUUACCGACAGUAUUCACUGCGACGUGCCAUGUAGGACAAAAGCAGGAAAAUCAAAUGAAAAAUAGAUUCGACACUAUUUUGCCAUAUGACCACUCCCGGGUCCCGUUGACUCCACUACCAGGCGACCCCCAUUCCGAUUACAUCAACGCAAAUUAUAUAGAUGGCUAUGGACAGACUGGAGCAUUCAUUGCAUGUCAAGGUCCAAAACGAAACACCGUGAAGGAUUUUUGGCGAAUGGUUUGGCAAGAAGAUUCACCUGUGAUUGUCAUGUUGACGAACUUGACGGAGGAUGCUAAGACGAAGUGCGCUAAAUACUGGCCUGACGAAGGCAGCAAACGAUUUGGUUUAUUAAUCGUGACUUUAAAGAAAGAAGAAACUCGCACUGAUUUUACUGUGCGAACGCUACAUAUGUCGAUGUUACAUUCCAAUUCUUCCACGAAGACAGUGAAACAAUUCCAUUUCACCGGUUGGCCUGACCACGGUGUUCCCGUAGAUUUCUCUGCUUUGGUGCAGUUCCGAGACAAGUUCAAAUGGUAUCAAAAAAAGGUGGAAUGUCAAGGUCCCAUCAUUGUUCACAGUAGUGCUGGAGUCGGUAGAACUGGGACUUUCAUCGCCCUGGACUACCUGUUAGACCAAGCCGAGGCUGAAGGGAAGAUCAACAUAUUCAACCUUGUACAGCUGAUGAGGAAGUCACGUCCGAUGAUGAUACAAACGGAGGAGCAAUACUACUUCAUCCACGACGCCAUGUUGGAGGAGCUGUACUGCGGGAACACGACAGUCCUGGUGCAGAAAUUGCAGCCGUAUCUUCAUAGACUGAAACAGGUGGACAUAAAAUCUGGUCUAUCAAAGUUAGAGAGAGAGUUUGCAGUUCUUCAAAUGUGUGUUGGGUCUGAUGACAUCGAGAAACCACUGACUUCAGUCAGCGUGAACAAAAACUGUGUCAGGAACAGUACCCCAGCAAACGGAUGCAGACCGUAUCUCUCCACGCCUGCAGAUGGCAGUGCUGACUACAUCAACACUUUCUUCCUUGAUGGCUACCGCCGUGCUGAUGCCUACAUCGUGACACAGACGCCCUUACCUGAUACUGUGGUGGACUUCUGGAGAACGAUGUAUGAUCACAAUUCUGCUACAAUAGUCAUGAUGAAUGAAGCAGCCGAAAUAGAAAUUGUACGUGUUUGUUUUGUCCAAGGGUACAUAUUUAUAUUACAAGAAGACGCAUUGGUGAAAUUUUGUAACAAUAUACACAUUUACCGGGAGAGCUAUUUUGAUGGAAAUAGUAAUAGUUUGUGUUUUUGUAUUUUUAAAAUAUCUACACUGCCUCACAAAACUUUUGGAACUGCAUUGUGCGUCCCUAAAUCUGGUUCUACAACCUAUGGACCCUUCACAGUGGAAGUAGUAUCAACGCUCGAUGCAGUGAAUUCUUGUGCUAUCAAGGAAUUAACACUGAAAAGUAGAAACCGGACUAAAGAGCAACCUCGCAAGAUACGCCAGUUCCAGCUCCAAGGAUGGAAGACGUCGGAUCCCACACCGUCCUCAACAGAACCACUCUUAGAACUAUUGGAUGAAGUGCAACACUGGCAACAGCAGAGUGGAAACACAACCAUUACUGUGCACUGCAUGAACGGGGACCAUCGAAGCGGCGUUUUUUGUGCCCUGGACAGAAUAUUAGAGAAGAUGAAAGUGGAACAACAGGUGGACGUGUUUCACACUGUGAAAGCCGUGCGAAUCAACAAACCACAGUUCAUAGAUAGUUUGGAACAGUACAGGUUCUGUUAUGCUGCAGUCGAAGAGUACGCCUGGAGAUUUGACACCUAUAGUCCAGCGCCUCGGUGAAUAAUCGUGCAAUUUUUUAACCUACAAGCAUGAAAUUUGGCGCAGUUUCGGAUUAUGAAAUUCUUAGCAAAUUUGGAUAUAUAUUUUGAAAAUUUCAAUAUGGGCGCCAAAUCCAAGAUGGGCACCACGAAAGCAAUUAUCAUAGCAAAAUGAAUGAAAGAUGUAUUAAAAUAAUCUGGAUAGUUGUUUUGUGUUAAUGAUAAACUAGAGGAUCGGUUUCAGGGUAUUAUGCUUGAUAGCCACUAAAUGGCACUGGGAGUUGAAAACUAUUCAAAAUAACUUAUGCUGUAAUAUAAAAUAUGCAUGUUUGUAUUCUCUCCAGCACGCCUCGCAUCAACUGUUAAAUAUAUUAUAUCAAAUAGUAUACAUGUACUUCCAAUUUCUGAUGUUUUUUUUUCAUUUUUACAAAUCCAAGGUAUGAGGUAGUAACGUAUACAUAGUGUUAAUGAUUCAGCCGUUAAACCUCAUAACAGUAGAGGGCAUGUUCGUCAUAACAGAUAAAUACUGUAGAAUUUAAGUAAUUUAAAUAAUCCUUAUUUAAGUGAUUAUUUGAGAAAAACGCAUUGUCGUGAAAUAUGGUUGAUAGACAAAAGCACAAUGUUACUGCAUAUAAUACAUCCAUCAGAUGUACUAUAGAUGUUAAAUGUUAAUAAAUGAAGUAGUUUGUGA